AUGUCUAAUAACGAUAAAAUAAUCGAAGAUAUUGCCGAGGGAAUAGAAAAUUAUCCGAUUAGGCUACUAUAUCAAGAGAGAAGUCAAGUCGAGGAAUUAAAGAGACAACACAUAAAGUAUGUCAAACAUAAUGUAUCACUAGACAGUGAUUUCUAUUAUGAUGGGUGUGAUUGUGCAGAUAAUUGCGAGUCGUCAGAAUGUGGAUGUAAAUCUACUCAUGGUUAUUUUUACACAAGUCAAAUAUCAGGUCUAGAUCCGAAACUGUUUCAAUCCACAUUCAAUCGUACAAUUUACGAGUGUAACUCUUUAUGUGUUUGUUUAAAUCAAUGCCAGAAUCGCCUCGUGCAACAUGGAGUUGCUUUGCCAUUAGAAAUAUUCAGAACAUCCUUGUGUGGGUGGGGUGUCCGUGUACCAUUAUCUCAUACGAAUAAUAGUAAAGAAAAAGAUGCGGACGACCAAAUUGUGAUUAAAAAAGGACAAUUUGUCUGCGAAUAUGCUGGUGAAAUCAUAAAAACAGACGAGGCCAGACGGAGGUGGAGAUCGUACAAGAAUGACUAUGGAAUUUCUGAUAAUUAUAUACUUUGUGUAAGAGAGCAUAUUGGAAAAGAUCGCAUUCUUCGGACGAAUAUAGAUCCAACACGUAUAGGAAAUGUCGGUCGAUACAUUAAUCAUUCAUGUUCACCAAACUUGCAAAUGUUUUUAGUUCGAGUAAAUUCUUUGGUACCGGCCGCAGCAUUAUUUGCAACACGUGAAAUUCGAGCAAAUGAAGAAUUGAGUUUUGAUUAUUCGGGUCAGAUUGGAAUAGGGAUUGAAGAUGCAAAACUGAGCGAUAGUAAUGAAGAAGAUAAUGGUAGUGAAAAAUGUAUCGUUAGGAAUAGAAAACCCUGUUUUUGUGGAAGUGAGAAUUGUCAUGGAUAUUUGCCUUUCGAUGAAUCAUUAUAA